AUGUCCGCUCUAAUCGAGCCAAUCAAGGACACUGGAGAAGCGAAAAUCCGUGAAACAGGCUUGCGAUCGCGGUCGUUCAAAGAGCUUUUUGAGGCUUGGGAGAAGCUGCACCUGGUAUCCCACCAUGGUGUCAGCUAUAUCCGCAACGAUAUCAUCCAGUAUCUGCGGGCCCAUGCUGAUGUCGCUAAGGGCUUACGAACUAACAUGGCGGGGAUAAUCCAUUCGUAUGAGGCAUAUCGCCAUUUCUUGGCAUACUUUUCAGAGGCGCUUUUCCCUUGGAUAACGCCUUACUUCUCUGAUCCUAUGUCUAUGCGCGCGCAGUACUUGAACCAAAGUCGUGGGCUUGUCUUCUCAGCUGGCAAUCGGCAAGCACCUUAUCUCCUGACUUCAAUCCAAUCUCUCCGUCGAAUAGGAUGUACCUUACCCAUCGAGGUUAUGUAUCUCGGAGACAGUGACCUGAGCGAAGACUUCCGGGAAGAAUUAGAGGUUCUGCCCGAUGUUGUUACGCGCGAUCUGAGCCGAAUGGUCAACGAUGAUGGAUGGACCCUGGCCGGUUGGGCUGGGAAGCCAUUCUCUAUUUUGUAUUCUUCCUUUCGUGAGGUGAUAUUCAUUGACGCGGACUCGUUGUUCUUCCGCAACCCCGAGGAGCUGUUUGAAUAUCCAUCCUAUCAAAAGACGGGUGCUUUAUUCUUCAAGGAUCGACUUAUGCUCCCUCAAUCGAAGAAAGAUUGGUUACAACAGAUACUUCCAAAGCCAAUAUCUCAGAAGGUCAGAGAGACCCGUAUGUGGACCGGCGAAAGUGCCCACAUGCAGGAAUCAGGGGUGGUAGUUGUGGACAAGUGGAAGCAUUUUGUUGCUCUACUGAUGGUAGCCAGAAUGAAUGGGCCUGAUCGAGAUGGAAAAAAAGAUCAAGGCCUUGUGGGCGUUUACGACAUGGUAUAUGGUGACAAGGAAACAUUCUGGCUUGGGUGGGAACUGGUAGGGGAUCUUGAUUAUACUUUCCACGCGGGUGAUGCUGCUGUUAUGGGAUCCGCCCAGCCUGAGCCUCAGACCGUUCAACCAGCAACAGGUGAUCAGGGUGCCUCUGUCGCAAGUACAAAGGGAAAUGUUCCUUCUACCUCUCCGCCGAAGCCCCCGAAACAUACCAUUUGCGCGCCACAACUUCUGCAUCUUGAUUCCAAUGGUAGGCCAUUAUGGUUUAAUGGAUGGCUACUACCAAAUAAGUUUUCAGGGGACAAGUAUCAAAAGCCAGGUAAUUUCACAAGCUACAUCCGGGAGCCGAGAGACUCAAGAAGCUCUGGGUCCUGGGAAUUAAAGCAGAAUAACGUUUGCUGUAUGACCUCAACGAGUGUUUUGGAUUUAAGUCGUGACGAGGUAGAUGUCCUGGGCAUGACCGUUGAUAUCGCGAAGAGAGUCGGUGCUAUUAACUAG